CGAAGGCAAACGAACGAGCUUCGCAAAGAGAAUGAGAGGGUGCAGGAAGAGUUGCGGUGCAUGCUUUCUGCUAAACUCGCCAAAGAUGGAGAAGUUGCAAUACUCAGGAAAAACAUUGAGAAGACAGCUCAAGAUCACGCAGCGCAAAUAGGCGAAGCUCAGAGCGGCCAAGGAGGACUCAGAGGCCAAACAAACACAGAUGCAAAAAGAAAUGAAAGCGGAGGCAGACCGCCUGAAGACGCUGUUUACUUUCAAGCAACAUGAGAUUGAGACAUCUACCCGAAAGUCUCCACGGUCUCCGCGUGCCAAAAAAGCCCCAAUAGCACCCCUUGCGACGCCUCUACCUUUGCCUUCACAGAUGCAAAGGUGGAACCAGGGCGGAGCUGUGGCGGGCCCUUCAAGAGUCCUGCAGGAGAGUCCCACCCGACCUCGCUUUGGCGAAAUUGCAAAUAAUGAGCGUACAAGGAAACCGGUGGUUGAAAACCGAAAUUUACCAUCCGGAUUCCAGGCCUCUGCAUCCACUAUAACGUCGCGGGUGACGGAUUUCAGGAAAGGGAAAGAAAAGGCAUCUGACCUGGGGCAGAGAGAUCCAUUAAAAGUGCAAUCAAAUAGCGACCCUCCGCCAACUUUUGGUGGCGGGCAGGGUGGCGGGCAGACAAACCCAUUUCAAACGGCCCAGGAUGAUAUUUCUGGCGCUAUGAUCCAAGAUGACGGGUUCAUGGCCGAUUCUAUCAUGGAUAUGGACUUCAAUGCACAGGACGACGUUGAAAUGACCGACGGAGCCCAGGAUCCACAGCUAAAGGCCACUGUGGACGAAGAAAUUGAAGAGGUGGAACCUCAUAGGUGGAUUGUGGAUUUGCAUCGACUUGUCCUAAUGCACAUCGAACCGACCUGCAGGAUGACUACAUUCCAUGCGUUGUUGGGAGUUUCACUGCCGACUGGCCCCAAAUCAGAUACAUAUACUUCUGCAUGUUCUCGAAUACUUGACGUUCUCGCUAGUGUACCCGCUCAGGAUCAUCAAGCUUGGGGACUGGCAGCCCAGACGAUUUGCCGGGCUCUAACAGAAAUGGCAGAUCUACUAGCCGCCUCUAACCAUAUAGUCUCUCUGGCUGCCCUUCUUAGUCAGCUAACUCAAAUAACGUACACUCUUCCAACACCUCAUCUAUAUCUCUUGUCGGACAGUACGACAGACGUCGAAGAAGACGCUGUUCCUCGUAUUCUCGCCGUGAUAUGUUCCGUUAUUCAGGACCACGUCAGUAAACUAGACAAUCACGAAACAGAGAAAUCAGAACGAGGUCUACUCGCCAAGGAGUCGAUCGCACUGCUAGAAGCCCUGUGUUGGAAUACUCCGAGUGACCUGGAAAACAGACUGGCCUUCGUACCUCGUUGCCCUUCGGUGUUAUCGAUACUUCUGGAUUCCUCUCGACCAAUGUGGUUUCUUUUUCAAAGUACACGCAUGCUUUCUUGGUUCUCAACUCGACCCGUCCUCUCUCAGUCCCUUUUGUCAUUUCCUGACACUGAGGGGCAAUCACAGGACUUUACUCGACUCCCUCAUGUCGAGCGGAUGUGUUCUCUCUUGAUUGAUUCAAGUAGAACGGGUGACGAGGUACGCACGGCAGUACGACUUUUAUAUGAUAUCAUUAUACCACGACAGGCCGAUGGGAUCAAGCGACACAUCCUGACAUUUUUUGGCAUGCUUUCCGGGGCCCAUCCAGGUGCUCACACGAUUAUCAUCGAGUCACAAUCUGUGGUACCCUCGAUCAUUUCUUAUUUGUACGGACUAGCAGCACCGGUGUGGCAAGGUGACGAGGCACUGGAGUCUGAUCCCCAGGCCGCUUCACGAGUUAUUCAACGGAUGAACCAAACGACGUUCUUGUUGCACAAUUUGGUAUUUAAAGCCGAUGCUCAACGAUUACGAGAACGUCUAGAGCACGCACCACGCCACUACAACGGCCUCGUACAUCUGUUUAUCGUUACCAUGGGACGUCUCAGCUUUGCUGAUGCGCCCGAAUGGGUCCAAGAGAAAGAUAAGCUGGAAAUGGAGAGAGUUGCCGGGCUUGCGAGGGAGCUAUUGGAGCUAUUGGUGGACGCGUCAGAAAUGGAUGCCAUAUGGGCUACGUACCAAGAGCCAGACGAAGAGGAUGAUGAUGAGGAAAUGGAAGCUCGACGGCUCGCCGCCAACGACAUCUAGUGCGUUGUCUAAAGAUCUUACGAUGUGAGAAGCUGCGUCAUAUUCACGAAGCCGUCAAUGAUAUCUCUGCAUGCGUAUCUGCUGGCUCGCCCCAUCUUAGGCACCCUAUUUUGUACAUGUCAUAUG